CAAGUUGUUGGUACAGUUCAGUGUAAUCAAUAUAUAAUAAAAUUAUGACCAUUUUCUAAGUCAUUCUUUAUUUUGGCAGUUGUUUGUUGUGAGUACAGUGAUGAAUAACAGCAAUUGGAUCGGUACAAAGUGUCAAUGGUGGUGAGAUCAGCUACAAUGGUAUGGAUAAUAUGUCAGAUCCCUGGGCGUGUGUUCUUCUAUAUCAGGACUAGGCGACUAGUGCGAUUCCUCUUUAUGGUGUUUCUAUUGGUUCUCUAUUGUGAGUACUUUCAUUAUUUUGUUGUGUUGCUCAUGUGUAAAUGGCCAAAGUUACCGGAAAGUGAAGGUUUCCUUUAUGGAAAUGGUGAUAUCAACAAGCCAGUCAAGGCUAUGGUGAUAGCAGACACUCAUCUACUUGGAAUCAAGAGAGGACACUGGUUUGAUAAAUUACGCAGAGAAUGGCAGAUGGAAAGAUCCUUCCAGACAAGCAUGUUGAUACAUAGUCCUGAUGUGGUCUUCAUUUUAGGUGAUCUACUAGAUGAGGGCAAGUGGGCCACUGAUGCAGAGUUCAAGAAGGAUGUUGCCAGAUUCAAAAGAAUGUUUUCAACACCAAAAGAUACAACUACAAGGGUACUUGUAGGUAACCAUGACAUUGGAUUUCAUUACAUGAUGAAUGAACAUAAACACAGACGAUUUGAGAAAGCAUUCUCGUCACCUUCAGUCCAGCUGUUUGAGUUUCAUGGAAACCUAUUUGUGUUGAUGAAUAGCAUGGCCAUGGAAGGAGAUGGUUGUAAGUUGUGUGCCCAGGCAGUCAACUCUCUUGAAGAAAUCUCAUGGCAGCUCAAGUGUGCAGAGGGACAAACAUCCAGUAAGAGUUCUCCACCUAUAUGUGAUGCUAUGGAAAAAAUGACAUACUCUCCUCCAAUAUUACUACAGCAUUUUCCAAUGUACCGGCCUUCAGAUGCAAACUGUAGUUUACCAGAUUCGGCACCUCCUGAUGAAAAAGACAUUCCUUUUAAGGAGAAAUGGGACUGCCUUUCAGAAGAGUCCAGCAGUCAGGUGUUUGAGUGGAUCAAACCUCGCCUUGUCUUGAGUGCUCAUACACACCAUGGCUGUUUUCGUCUCCAUAGCAACGGUGUUCCAGAAUGGACAGUUGCCUCCUUAAGUUGGCGAAACAAAAACAACCCUACAUUCCUACAGGUGGUGCUGUCUCCAAAUGACUUUGUUGUAAAGCAGUGUUACCUUCCAAAAGAAACAACUGUGAUUACUAUUUAUAUAACAGGUGCACUCAUAGCUUUGCUGUGCUUGUUAUUUCCUUACAAACCCAGUAAUACAGUGACAGAUACAGUAUGGGUCAAUAAAUCACACUGACCAAGAACUCAUCAUGCUGACCACGGAUUGAUUCAAUGUGUUUUUGUCGCCAAUAUAGUCUCGAGGAAUACAUUCCUUCAUAUUCUUCAUAACAAAUGCACUGGCAAAUAUUCAAUGGUCUGUAAAGAAGUGAAUUGCGGAGAAUUCAAAAUUCACCAACCCAUCUUUUUAUCACACUGCCCAAUACAGGAUGAUCAGUAAAGGUGUGAAUUGUGGAGAAUUCAAAAUUCACCAAUCCAUCUUUUUAUCACACUGCCCAAUACAAGAUGAUCGGUAAAGGUGUGAAUUGUGGAGAAUUCAAAAUUCACCAAUCCAUCUUUUUAUCACACUGCCCAAUACAGGAUGAUCAGUAAAGGUGUGAAUUUUGGAGAAUUCAAAAUUCACCAAUCCAUCUUUUCAUCACCAAUGAUUGGAACCAAAUAUUCAUGUGCCAUUACCCUGUUUGAAAGUUACAGUUACCAUAACUGGCAGAUACAGACAGGCAUAUAUAGUGAGUAACAGGUGUGUAGGUGUAUAUACAUGAAGACUGUAUCAUCAAACUAACUGUGUAAUCUACUACUUAAUCUGGACUGUCAAAGCAGCCAUUAGACUAGUCAUCAGUGAAAGUAAAUGUAAUUGUGUAUACAAUGAUAUUUUUAACUAGAAUCAAGAACAUAAUAUUCAGCAAAUAUUCAUGAACAUCAUUAUUUUGACUUCCAUAUACAAUGUGUUUGAUAUCUAUAAUGUUCUUGGAACAUCAAUUAUUACACAGGUGUUGUUCUCUAACAUGUUCUUGGAACAUGGAUCAGUACAUAUGUGUUCAUCUCUGAUUUUGCCUUGGUAUUUUCAUCAAUACACAUGUGGUUAACCCCUGACCUGAUCAUGGGACGUAGAGUGUUGGACGUCUGACAUGUGUUUGGGACAUGGAUCAGUACACUUUGGUGUCAUCGACAUUUGACAUGUUCUUGAGAGAUGGAGGAGUAUUAAUGUGUUUGACCUCUGACAUAUUGUUCUUGGGACAUGAAGUAGUACAUGUGUGUGUGUGCAUGACCCACUCGCUAGUCAAAUCUGGAUAGGUAGGAAUUUUUAUUUGAAUAUUUGUGUAAUAUGAAACUGGUGAGAUCCAUUUCAAUAUUGCAAAAAUGAUAUAAGAGUUUCUUUAUGUCCACAAAAAUGUUCACAGUAUUUAUUACAGUAUGGCAUUGUCUGUUGGUUCGACAGUUGUAAAUUCUAUUUUUUCCACAGAUCUUCUCCAAGAGUUUUCAACUGGUCUUUUUUCAAACCUGGUAGGCUUAACCACUAUGACAUGAAAUUGUGCUUUCCUUAAUUACAAGCUGAUUAGGCUGUAUUUGGAAGAGUUAAUGCCCCUUUUUGUCUUCAAAAUGUAAAUCUUGUCCAGAGAUCAUCUUUCUCAGUUUUCAUCCAAUUUCUUGGUAGGCUUAAUCACCAUGAUAUAAAGGUGUGUUCCUGAAAGGUAGUUAACUUCACUUUAUUUGGAAGAGUUACUGCCCUUUGUUAUUUUCAUUGUUAAUCUUGUUUUGAGAUCUCAAUUUUAACCAGUUUUUUUCAAAAUUUAAUCACCUUGCUUUUCUUAAUUGCAUUUUGAUUUGACUUUAUUUGGAAGAGUUAUUGUUCUUUUUUGUUUUCAUUACGUUAAUUUUGUCAGAGAUCAUCUCUCUGUUUUCAAUCCAUUUCGCACCGUAGUUUGAUUCAAUGUCUAUAUAUAGAAAUUGCUUAUGUCGGAAAAUAACUUCAUACUACAUAUAUCAAAGGUAUAAGGAUAGGAAUGGGUUGAAGACUCAUUCUAAAGUGUGACUUAUGAAAUUUUGGCUGCAUUGCAGUAUAUAUGCUACUUGAUUAGAAAAUUAAUAUCAUACUAAAACCAUCAAUUUUAUGUCUUAUAUUCAAUAAACUUUUAUUAUGCUUCAUUGGUGAUAUUGUGCUAAUUGUGCAUAUUAUGCCACAAGUAAGGCACCUGUUAUAUAUUAAUCUUGAUUUCUCUCAGAUUUUAGUUUAUUCAUGUCUAUAGCCCUCAGGGAUACCCGUUACAUGCUUUUCACAUAGCAGUGAAGCCAUGGUACGAAAGUAUACAGUAGAAUCAAGAGAGUGAUUUCGUAAUACUGUAAUCAAUUUAUUAUGCUAGAAGUAUCAUCAAGUACUGUUUGAAAUUCUAUAAUAUUUAUUUUUAUGAUGUUUAAUAUGUUUUUAAUUGUGUGAUUUGCCAUACUUGUUACAUUGUUUGUUUUGUAUGUAUGUACAUGAGAAAAUUAACAUAGAUUAUGUUUGGGAUUUGGAACAAUGUAUGGUUAUAAUAUCAUGUGUGCAAUAGUGUUGGGUCACUCGCAAUAAAGACGCAUUAACAAAUGUAGAAGUGUUCCAUUGAUUUACUUGGCAGGUGAUGCGUGUCCAAAUGUGAUUUGUUUGGAGACUCCUGCUUGAACAUGC